CUUUGAUGGUACGUCUGGUUAAAACUUUUAAGUGCUUUGCUGACACUCAAAACAACUUCGCUCUCUUUUGCUAUGAGUCAAAACAGAAACUUCUGUCUAAUGUGCUUAAGAAAUGAAACAAUUUCAGCUAGCAUUCUUCCAGUCUCUGUGGUGUUUGUGGCCCAAAUGAUAUUGUUAGGACAAAAUUGCAGUGAGAAAUAGAUUGUAAAAUAUUUGAUUUGGCAUUAUUCUUUAUAUGACAUUAAUAAUAACAAAUCCCUGUCUGUAUGAUUUUAAAAGCACCAGCUCUUAAUUUAGAAGCCAAGCAGACACAUUCAGUCUUUUUUUUUAUAUAUAUGUUUUAGACACGUCAAGUCAUCCACUUCAUUCAUUCGGACACAGACAGAUUCAUGAACACUAUGUGAUGUGGGUGGAGUGUUUUUAAGUGACAGUACAUUUUUGACAUUCAAUCUUCCAGCAGCAAUGUGCAGUGAAGAGUAAUGUGCAUGGAUCAACCCUUGAUGUGUUCAGUACAACCAUUCAGAAAGCUAAAAUAAAAAUGUAUGUUAAUGAAUCAAUAUAAAUAAAAACAAGAAGUCAAUGACGUUCUAUAAAGUUCAACAGUUUAAACAGAGAGUUCUGAAGGCCACAGCGGGUGUGAAAACCACCCUGAAGUGCAUGAAAAACACCACCGGGAAAUAGCAGUUGCAUAUACCAUACCCUAGAUGUGAGAAGUUAUUGCUUACACAUUUGAAAAAUGUGUUUUUCUGUUGUGUGCAGACGCAACAGGUGUGUAUGCAACAGCGAAACAAGGGUCAACGUGUUGACAGAAGAAACUGAAGCCAUUAGUUAAUUUCAAGUUUCCUGUUUAUCACACUAAUCUUCACAGAAAAUCCUUGUUUACAGAAUGUUUUGUUAGGGUUGUUAGAGCAAGAGAGGGUGUGAUGUGUGAACAUUCAAAAUAUGCCAAAAACCCCCCCAAGCAGACAAGCAUAAGAUAAAUGACUUGUAAUUGGAUAUUAAAUAAAGUAAAAUACUACUAUUUUAGGUUUCUCAUUUAAACAAUUGCAUUUUGUUAAACUGACUUGAAACUGCUGUGUUUUGGUUAAACAUGAUAUUUUCAUUUUUAAAUAACAUGUUUCAAUUACUUUUCAAUUACUGUUCAGUUUACUUAAGUAAAUUAACUUCAUCCAACACAGUUCUUUACAACCCCUUUACUUAAUUCAUUUGAGUUGAGUAUACAAAAAUAAUUUUACUCGUGCAACUAGGAAGUGGAUUUCCCUUUUCCCUCUUACUUAAUAGAUUAAAUAUAUUAAAUCUAAUAGAUUAAGUCAAGAAUGUUAAAUUGAUUAAAAUAAACAACACUGAAUUAGCUUUCUGUAAAAAACUUAAGUUAACUUAAAUCAAUAUUGUUAUCUAAAUGCAACCUAACAUUGGAACCUGGUGACAUAAUGUUAAGUAAGGCCAACAUAUUUUUUUUUAGUGAUAUAUAUUUUAGAGACUUUUAUGAUUUUGAGCGUAAAUGUACACUGACAUUUUGACUAAUGCAGUCACACACAAACACAAACGCCUUUGAGAGCUGUUAUUAUGAAAAGGUUGAAGUUCUGAACAUUAUUUCAGAUGUAGGUAAUAGGUGACCUAAUAAAAAUAAGUCAUUGUAUUUUUUAAUAGCAUGCAGUGUUUGCAUAUAUAAUGCUUCCUAAUUUUGAUUGCACACAUGGAAAGCUUCAUCAAAAGCCACAUCCUCUCAGAAGUUAAAAGAAUAAUAUCUUUUGGGCCGGAAAUAACCUUUCAAUUUUCCACUUAGCGAAAGUUGAAAGCUCUGAAAGUAUUGUAAAAAAAAAAAAAGUGUAAUAAUAAUAAUAAUAAUAUUGUGUGUCUGUGUGUUGCCAUGAACUUUAUAUGUGUUACUGAGAAUAUACAAUAAGACAUCUACAGAAAAUAUUUACAUUUUAUGAGAUAACAGAAAUUGUGAAGAACAAAAUCAUGGCUUGCCGCCUGUAUUCACAACUUAUGACAAAUAAGCUAGCUACUGUAGUUACGUACAGCUAUAAAGCAGGCAUUUGCGUUCUUUAUUUCAUCGAAACCUUGUUUAAGGUGGUUGCCAACAGGUGCAAAUAGGAUGUUUCAAACUAAACAGGGAAGUCUUUCAAAAGCUUGCAGAUGUAAUUUUCAACUUCUAACAAUAGAACGAAGAACUGCAAACUUUCACAACUACUCUCACACCCAAUGAUGCUCCAAACCGCACAAUAAAAAAAAAUUAUAAAUCACACAUUGUAUUAAAACUGAAUAAAAAUCUAAAGUGCAUUUUUCCAUGUAAUAUCCACUGAAAUUUAACCAUACUAACUCACAAUUAAAACUAUAUAAUAAAUGAAACUGGAUUUUUUCCACAUUAGUACACAAAUAUAUGUAUAAAUACAUAAUAUAAAUAAAUAAUAUUCAUUUUCACACAUUCAAUUUUUCAAUUUUUUUUUUUUAAAUAAACCUUAACAGGGGUUACAAAAUCCUGUUGUGCUUCGUCCUUCUGAAACCACAGCUGAACACGGAGGACACGUGUGGGAUGGUAAUUAACAUGUGACAGUGAGAGGUCCUCACUAGAAAGAGAACUACUGAGAAAAAGAAAAAAAAAAAUGGGCAGAUCUUGAUCAGAUAUACAGGAAAUUAUGUUGUCGUCAUGGUUACAAAAGCAGACUGGAAAUAGUAUUUCAUUGCUCAGUCGUGGUAUGUUAGAAAACGUGGUUAAUGCCGGACCAGGAGGUGCCACAUUUGACUGCAAUGAUCAGACCACUUAACACAAAACAGAGACAAAAACUGGGGCACAAGUGUUGAUUUCGAAACUGACCCCAUGGAGACGUUAGAAGCUACAAACACCAGCCACAAUGACUCGGACACCUGUACCAACCUGUACGACCAUCGUGGUUGGGCACAGUAUUUCCUGCCUGCAUUGUAUUCUCUGAUUUGCAUUGUGGGACUACUGGGCAAUUUGUUGGCUUUGCAUGUCAUCUGGCCAAAUUUAAAAAAACUUAACUCCACAACUCUUUAUUCUGCCAACCUGGUGGUGUCGGAUAUCUUGUUUUCGCUUGCUCUGCCCUUGCGUGCGAUUUACUACGCCAAGGGCUUCCACUGGCCGAUGGGGGAGGGUCUGUGCAAAGCCGUGGCGCUGCUUUUCUACAUCAACAUGUAUGCUAGCGUCAACUUCAUGACUUGUUUGAGCGUGGACCGUUUCAUUGCAGUGGUUCUGCCGCUGCGCUUCUCCCGAUUCCGAAAAAUUCAGAAGGUGCGUUACAUCUGCGCUGCCGUAUGGGUCGUUGUGUUGAUGCAGACCCUACCUUUGCUGUCAAUGCCCAUGACGAGCGUGGAGAAAAGUGGUCACAUAACGUGUAUGGAGUAUCCCAACUUCGAGAAGAUCGACAACCUGCCUGUCAUGCUCAUUGGUGCCGUGGUGCUUGGCUUCGGCAUCCCUGUGAUAACGAUCCUUGUGUGUUAUUCUGCACUUUGCUCCAAGCUCCACCUCCUGGCCAAAUCUAACAAAUUGACAGAGAAGUCUGGUCGUAGUCGCAAAGUUAUCGGCGUGAUUUGUGCCGUCAUUCUAGUGUUUGUGGUGUGCUACACACCUUAUCACAUCGACCUCCUGCAAUACAUGAUUAGAAAGCUGCGGUAUAACCCAGACUGCUCAGAACUGCAUGACUUUCAGAUCUCCCUUCACAUCACAGUCUGCUUAAUGAACCUCAACUCGUGUCUGGAUCCCUUCAUCUACUUCUUUGCCUGCAAGGGAUACAAGAAGAAGGUACUCAAACUGCUCAGAAAGCAAGUGAGCAUGUCCUUCUCGAGCGUGGUCAGGACCUCGCCUGAAGGGUCCUCCAAAGACGUGUUUGCGAACGACAAAAUCCAUAUGAACUCCAGAAGCACUCAGAAAGAGAGAAGCAGCGUCCUGUUGAGCACCAGCAACGGUUUUGAAAUAUAAACAACAAUAAGAAAUGCAGCUGACUGACUUGAUAUCCCAGCAUAUUUCUUCCCUUUAGAUUACUUUAUAUGCUGUCAAAGCUAUUUUUUUUCAGACAGUUGUUGAUAUUUUGUUUUUUAACAUGUUUAAAGAUUAUCACACACUUUCACAUGUUCUACAUAUUACACAUUAUAGUUUGAGUAAUAGAAUUUGUUGUUCUGUGUUUUAAUUCUUUUGUGAUCUUCUUGAGUUUGUAUUUAAAAAAAAAGAAAAGUGCAGUAUGUCGCUGCAUAUGCAAGAUGUCACUAUAUAUGCAGUGACAUACUGAAGUCUUGUACCAAGUAGCAAGAAAUGGUUCUUGUGGUGAUUUUAGUUUAGACUAAUGACUCAAAUCUUCUGAUUCCAGUCAUAAGAAAAGAUUUAAUCACUGAUUCUUCAAUGACCCUUUUGGUCCUUAAUCAUUCCAACACUAGGAUGUGACUAAUGAGUCACUGAAUUACUCUUUUUGUGUUGACUGCAGUCUCUGACUUUAGAUGUAUGCCAACACUUGGUGAUUUUACCUGUUAAAAAAAUAGUUUAGCACAAGCAAGUAGUAGUAUAAUGUAGGCUAAGACAGUGCAAAGACGUGAGCAAGAACAAUCCUGACCAAAACCCCCUUACUGUUUUACUGGAAAGAUUCACACUUUUAUCUCAGUGGUUCCUUAUGCAGCAACGGUCGCAUUGACAGUCAACAUAUAUUGGCCGUGUCAGCAUGUAUUUAAAUCAGCCAGUUGAGCUUUCACAGAACACAACAAGGCUUGCAUGAAUUUAUUAUGUCAAAUUAGUAGCUAUUUUAAAGCAACAAAUGAUCAAGAUGGGUACAUUAUUAUUGAAAUAGUGUUAUUUAAUUUUGACAAACAACCAGCUAUGUUUACAUGGACACCUUUUGUAACAACAUAAAAAAAAAUCAUCUGACUGAUGAAUUUGAACAUUGUUCAGUGUUUAAUAUAAUGCUAAAUAAAGUGGUCAGGUUCAUGGAUCAAGGA